AUCGCUUUGCCUUCUGCUUUUUUCCACCCAAAGUCCAGUUAGCCCCUCGGGUUCUGAAGCCCAAAUCUCUAGCUUUCUCUCUCUUUCCCUCUUUCUCUUUGCUCGUCGGAGAUCCGCUCGAUUCCUCCCUCUCCACUUUGCCGGAGAUUUCUCUUCCGCCUUCUUUGUUACACGACGUAGGGAUUUCUUCAUCCCAGCAAAAGAUGGAGACAGCAUUGGAGGUGUACAAUGACGUUGAGAUGAGAUCACCAGAGACACAACCGAUCAAGCGACGCAAGAAGAAGUCAAAGGUGUGGGAAAACUUCACAAUCAAGAACACAGAACCUGGUUGCAGAAGGGCUUUCUGCAAAGGAUGUAAUCAGAGCUUUGCAUACAGCAGUGGAACCAAAGUGGCUGGCACUAGCCAUCUUAAGCGUCACAUUGAUAAAGGGACUUGUCCUGCACUUUACCAUGCCCAGAACAAUGACAACAACAACAACAACCAACUGAUGACUCCCUACACGCCCAAGAGUGACACACCGAGAAGGCGUUACCGAACUCAGAACAGUAGUCCCUAUGUUGCGUUUGAUCAGGACAAGUGUCGCCAAGAGAUUGCUAAGAUGAUCAUUAUCCAUGACUACCCUCUUCACAUGGUUGAACAUCCAGGGUUCGUUUCCUUUGUGCAGAGUCUUCAGCCUCAAUUCGACGCUGUGAGCUUCAACAAUGUUCAAGGAGACUGUGUCGCGACUUACCUUGUGGAAAAGCAGAAUGUCAUGAAGUCUUUAGAAGGCAUUCCUGGACGCUUCUGUCUGACGCUGGACUUCUGGACUUCGAAGCUAACUCUUGGUUAUGUGUUUUUAACCGGUCACUUCAUUGAUAGCGAUUGGAAGAUACAGAAGAAACUUCUCAACGUUUUGAUGGAAUCCUAUCCAGAAUCUGAUGGAGCUUUGAGUCUUGCUGUUGCUAAUUGUGUUUCUGAAUGGGGUCUGGAGGGAAAGUUGUUUUCCGUUACCUUCAACCAUCCUGCGAGUAAAACCGCGGUUGAAAACAUCAGACCUCUAAUCUGCAUCAAGAAUCCUGGGAUUCUGGAUGGUCAGCUGGUUAUAGGGAAUUGCGUUGCUCGAACAUUUAGUGGACUCGCUAAAGAUGUACUGGAUAAAGGAAAAGAUGUGAUCAAGAAGAUCCGGGACAGUGUGAAGCAUGUGAAAACCUCUGAGUCCCAUGAGGAGAGGUUUGUUGAGCUAAAGGAACAGCUUCAAGUUCCGAGCGAUAAGGCACUUGCGCUUGAUGAUCAGACGCAAUGGAACACAACAUAUACGAUGCUCGUGGCUUCUUCAGAAUUAAAGGAAGUGUUCGAUUGCUUAGACACUGCUGAUCCCGACUUCAAGCAACCUCCUUCAACAGAGGAUUGGAGGCAUGUAGAGACACUUUGCACAUUCCUUAAGCCUCUUUUCGAAGCAGCCUCCACUCUUCAAUCUACUGAAAACCCGUCUGCUGUUACUUUCUUCCACGAAGUGUGGAAGACACAGUCAGAUCUGUCUCGGGCGAUAGCCGGAGAGGAUCCUUAUGUCGCGGGUAUUGCUAAAACCAUGAAAGAGAAAGUUGACAAGUACUGGAGGGACUGUAGUUUGGUUUUGGCAAUGGCAGUGGUGAUGGAUCCUCGGUUCAAGAUGAAGCUCGUGGAGUUCAGUUUCUCCAAGAUAUUUGGAGAAGACGCAGGGAAGAAUAUCAAGACCGUUGAUGAUGGGAUCCACGAGCUCUUCAGUGAAUACAUGACGCUCCCGUCGCCUCUAAAACCUACAUCCGAAGGUGGGAAAACAGACGGACUGUCGGAUUUCGACACGUACAUCAUGGAGACAACGGGGCAGAAUCUGAAAUCAGAGCUGGACCAAUACCUUGACGAAACGCUGCUUCCCCGGGUUCAGGAGUUUGAUGUUCUCGACUGGUGGAAACAGAACAAGCUCAAGUACCCGACGUUGUCAAAGAUGGCCAGAGACAUCCUCUCAAUCCCGGUCUCGGCUGCAGCCUUUGACAACGUCUUUGACAUGGAACCGAGGGAGAUGGAUGAGUACAAGACGUCCCUGAGGCCUGAGACUGUGGAGGCUCUGAUUUGCGCCAGGGAAUGGCUUCUUGAGAGUGAUGCUUCUUCUGCAGCAGCUGCGCAAAUGUCAAAUGCUAUUGUCAAAACUGAAGCGUAAGUGUGACUAUGCUUCAUCGUUAUCUUUAAUCGUUGUUGUUUUCUAGCAGUUGAUAUGUCUUUUGUGGGAUUAGUCUUAAACCCACCGUGUGACUUGCAAUUAGGAAUAUUUCCUUUUUUAUGAUAUCUACUGCACAUUUUUAAGUUGCUUCUUCACAUUUUUAAGUUACUUCUUCCUACGU